UGCCAACCAGCAGAACUGUAACAGACGACAGGGAGUUAAGCUCAGGCUGUAAGUACGAACGAACGCGUCAACCGAGUGUCGUGUGAUGUGCUUUCGGUAGUGAAUAUUUUUUCUUUUAGGGAGCUCGAUGGAUCUUAGAUGGAUUUUGAUUAUCACCCUGCUUAGCGUCAGAGAUACAUUUUGUGAGACUUUUGCCAGUGUACCAUCAGCGUCUAUAGCUCCAUCAGAGGUGGACUGUCAACCAUACGUAGAAAAAGCCAUCAAAGAAUUAGUUACUUCAGAACCUAUUGGAAGUACAGAACGCGACCAAAAUAUUCAGAAUGAAAGCCCCACAAGUGGAAGCACUCCAAAUGAUGAUGUUACAGGCUCGAGUUCUCAAGAUGGUAAUUCUCCGGAUGAUGGCGGACAGAGUACACUACCCAAACCGGAAAAGUUCGAAAAAGAAGAAGAAGCAACCAGAGUCGAAGUAAAUUUAACUGAAAGCGUUAGUUCAAUAAAUGAAAUUGAAAAUCGUGAUAAUGAAAUAAUCAAAGCUGAAGAAAUUAAUAAACACGAAACAACAGAAAACAAUCAAACAUUUAAAACUGAAGAGGAAGAUAAUGAAAUUGAAAUUGUUAAUGAAGAAGAGGAAAAUCUGGAAAACAAUAGUAGAAACGUCGUUGAAAAUGAAGUAAUAGAACCUAAAAUAGAACCUGUACCUAUUAUUUUAGACAAAGAUGUAAUUAACAAUAACGUCGAAAUUAUAAUUGAUGUUGAAGAUAUCAGAAAUAAAAAUUCUGAAAAAAUAGUAGAACCUAGUGUGACUAAGACACAAGUAGAAGAAACAAUAGAAACUACUAAUAUUAAUGUAAAAAUAGAAACUCCUAAACAAGUAUUUAAAGGGACAAAAAAAAGAAACCCAAAAUAUUGGAAGUUUGAUCCAGACGAUGAACCUGAAAAUACUAUUCCAAUUGUAAAACCAAAACCAAAACCAAAAAGAAAUCCAAAAUACUGGAAAUUUGAUCCCGAUGAAUUUCCACUCGAAGAAACACCCAAACCAGCUGAAACUCCAAAAUUACGUAAUCCUAAAUAUUGGAAGCUCGAUCCUGAAGAAGAAAAAUUGUACAAGUUACAGGAAGCUAAAAAGACUGAACAAAUAAAACCAGUUCCUCAGAAAAGUAAAAGAAAUCCUAAGUACUGGAAGUUUGAUCCAGACGAAGAGACAAAAGAAGUUAACACCGAAAAAUCGUCAACAAUUGAUAAUACGUCAAAACAAGAUUCAAAUCAAAUUUUCAAAGGAACCAAAAAACGAAAUCCGAAAUAUUGGAAAUUUGACCCAGAUGAAUAUGAAGAUGAAAUAAAAAAAGAGCCAGUAGCUAAACCUAAGCGAAAUCCUAAAUACUGGAAAUUUGAUCCUGACAAUGAACUCGAUGAACCUAAAAAAACGGUUGAAGAAGAUAAAACAGAAAAAGAAGCUCACAAAAAAAAUAAAUAUUGGAAAAUUGAUGAACAAACUGAAGACAUAAAAAUAAUAGAAAAUAAAGAAGAAGAAGAAGACAAAUCAAAACAAAACAUGUAUAAAAAAACCAAUGAACCUAACGAGAAUACAAAAAAAAAUGAUCAAAAUGAAGAAGGAAAACUAAAAAAGAAUAAAUAUUGGAAAACUGAGGAAGUGGAAAGUAUAAUACCCAAAGAUGAAAUAAGACUAGAAGAACCAACUAUAAAAAAAAAUAAAUAUUGGAAGACAGAAGAAACAGAAAAACAAAAAGAAGUGAAAGAUGAAGAUAUAACAUCUAAAAAAAAUAAAUAUUGGAAAACAGAUGAAAAACCCGUAGACCCAGUAAAAGAAAAAUUAAUAGAAACUCAAAGAACUAUGUAUUGGAAAUUAGACGAAGAAGAAAAAUCACCAAAAUGGGAAAAACAUACAAAUAACGAAAAAAUUAAAAGUACUGGAGAUGAAGUCAUAGUUGAAGAAUACCUACCAGAAGAAGAUUUGACAAUGGACGAAAUGGUACCAAAGAAUCUAAGAAAUAAAAGUCAUAUAAAACAAACGUUAAAAAUAGGUGAAAACAUUGCACAGUAUGAUAGUUUUCUAUCAAAGGUUGUAGAUUCUACAUUAAAAGAACUAAAAAAAGUAUAUGAAGUGGCAAUAAAACCUUUGGAAAUGACUUUCAAGUACAGAGAUCUUAGUAACAGACAUUUUGGAGAGCCAGAAAUAUUCUCAAAGCCUCUUAUUUUGUUUAUGGGACCUUGGAGUGGUGGUAAAUCUUCAAUAAUUAAUUAUCUUUUGGACAUUGAACAUUCUCAAUUUGCAUUAAGAACUGGAGCGGAACCAUCUCCAGCGUAUUUUAACAUAAUGAUGUACAAUAAUCGCGAAGCAAUUCUAGAUGGAACGCAAUUAGCAGCCGACUGGACGUUUUCGGGUCUUCAGAAAUUCGGGCAAGGUCUGUUGGACAAGCUCCGUGGACUCAAAUUACCUCAUCCUUUAUUAGAGAAGGUAAACAUCGUAGAGAUACCCGGAAUAUUAGAAAUGCGUAAACACGUGGACCGGGUAUUCCCGUUCAACGAUGUGUGUCAGUGGUUCAUCGACAGGGCUGAUAUGAUAUUCUUAGUGUACGACCCGGCGAAAUUGGACGUAGGCCCGGAAACCGAAGCAAUAUUGGACCAACUUAAAGGCAGAGAGUAUCAGACAAGGAUAUUGUUAAAUAAAGCUGACAAAAUUCGCGCUGAAGAACUGAUGCGCAUACAGGGAACGCUCAUAUGGAAUAUAAGUCCGCUCAUGUCCAGCGCCGAACCUCCAGUCAUUUACUCAGUGUCAUUGUGGUCAAACCCGUACGAAAUCGGGUCUCCAGCCAGGCUGCUUCACUCACAAGAACUGUCAUUCUUGAAAGACAUCCGUUCGGCAAUCGACAGGCGUGUUGAAAACAAAAUAGCCAGUGCUCGGCGAUUCGCGGUGAGGGUGCGAAACCACGCAAAGAUGGUCGACUGUUACCUGACCACGUAUUACAACCACAAGUCGUUCUUCGCGAACAGAAAGACCGUUAGCGACGACAUCAUUGAAAAUCCACAAAACUAUCACAUUUACGAGGGCUUGAGCACGCUGACUAAUAUAUCGAGAUACGAUCUGCCUGAUCCGGACGUGUACCGAGACUUCUUCCGACUCAACCCUGUGUAUGAGUUUAAGCGGCUAUCCGAUACAUGUACGUAUUUCCGAGGUUGUCCGAUCAACAAACUGGACAUGGCCAUUGCUUAUGAUCUGCCUGACCUGAUCGGCCAAUAUAAAAGACAAGAAGAGCAACUGGUGGUGGAGGCGCCUUGAAAAUGUCACGAUGAUGUUAUCUGAAAUCCAUCGUAUAAACAGCUGAAAUAUUAUAUUGUUUAAUAUUCAAAUAUUAUGGUUUUACCAAUUAUUUAUUUGUUUUCGUGUAGAAUGUUUUUUUUCUCUCUUUGAUUUAUAUUAAAUUGUUAGAUAAUAAUGUGUGUGGGCCCAAAAAAAAUGUUACCAUUUCAAACGAACAAAAAAGUACAUCUUAAAAACGUGACCACUGCAAUAAUAGUAUAUCAUAAUAUGAUAUCACAGACUAGAUCAAAUGUAAUCCAUUCUGUGAUAAUAUCAUGUACAUUAUGGUCAUCAAACGAAGUUCAUUAUGGUAAACACCGCAUUACAAUAUUAUAUAAUUAUAUUACAUAAUUAUUAUAAUUUAUUGAUAAUAUUA